CAAAAGAUAAGAUUUUAUCAAAAAAUGGCUUAACCCAAGGCAACUAACUAUCCGGAAUUUAUCAAUCAAUUUCUUCUCCAUAUUAAAUUCCAUACCAUAAAACGAAUAUUGCAAAAACAUUACUCUAUCUUAUUUUUAUUAGUAGUACUAAUAAAUCUAGGAAACAAAUAAUUUAAAAUUUGACAAUUGUCUUCGUAAAUUCGUCUGCUUGAUCUCUUCUUCUUCUUCUUCUUCUUCUUCUUCUUCCUCGUCUUCUCAAUUUCCUCAAGCUUUCAAUGCCGUGUCGUUGACAAAAGAUUAACUUGGGCAACGUACAGGUGCGCACGAUAAUGGAGACGGCGCCGCCGUCCUUGGUCUCUAAAGCUAGAACCGCCUUCAAUUCCGCCGCGGCUAAAGCGGAGCGCGUCUUCACUGAUCUCAAAUCUGAUCGAGGUUUUAUUCUAUUUCCUCUUAUCUCUCCAUUCCCGUAGCUUCCGCUUCAAUAUUGACUUAAUUUUGUUUUUUUUGUUCUUCCAAAUUUUCUCAUUUACUAAAAUUUGACUGAUGAAUAGAUGCUUAUCGCUCGACCUCUGAUUGUAUCUGUUGUUGUGGAUUAAUUCGAAUUCUAUAUUUGGGUUCUUCUCUCUUGUCAAAUUCAAAUCUAUUUCUGUUGUUUCUCUUUGUUUCUGGAGUCAAAAUUCAAAUCUAUUUGGUGAUGUUUUAUUGAUUUUUUUUCUUUUUUAAAUUGGAAUUUUGUUGGAGAGGAGGAGAAGCAAUCGACGAGGAAUGUGAAUGACUCUCAGGAGGAGAAUGAAGUGAAGACUCAGGGGUGGAGAACUGCACAUAUUAGGAAAAAGCAAGAGUGGCAAAAUAAACUGAAAAACUUGAGAAUUGGGAGGAAAGAAGUUGAAGAUCAAGACAAGGUUGAGGAUUCAGCCAUGGCUGCCCCUUUCUAUGACGAGAAUUUUUAUAUUCUUAAAGCAAAGCAAGAACAAGAAGCCAAGGCAUCUGAUGUCGGCUGCAUGGUAGAAUCUCUAAAUGCGGUUGAUGCGAACAGCAUUCCUCUGGCAUCCGUUGUGAAGCAGCUGGCUGUAGCAAUCGAAGCAGGAAAAAGGGCUAAGAAUGUGAAAGACUUUGUUGCAUCAUCUGGAAGUUCAUCACCAGUGAGGGAGAGGGGAGGCUUGAGCCUCUCUGCGGUGAAAUCACUGGUUCUUGGUGAAAAAGAGGAUAAGCUUGGUUUUGAUUCAGGAGAUGAGGAUAAACUUGUGUCUCUAAUAAAUGCCUUGUUUAAUGUUGAUAGUGGCUUUCUCAGCAGAAAGAUUGUCUCUGAUUUGGAGUCUCCGACCAACAGAUCAUCUUUUGCAAAAGAUCUUCAUGCUGCUCCCCCUAGUAGUUUUGUUGUUAAGCUAGCUGAAGUAAUUGGAAGUUUUACAACACCCAGGAGAAUGGCUUUGUUCUGGUGCAGGGUGGUUGAAGAAUUGAGGAGAUUUUGGAACGAAGAGAAACACAUACCAUGGAUACCUCUGGACAAUAAUCCAGAUUUGAAAAGUUGCCUACUGCACCAAUGGUUACAGGUUAUAAACUGUUGUCUUGCCAGGAAAGCCCGCAACGUAGCUGCUUCCGAAGCAUUAGAUGCGGUAAUGAGGCAAGCCAGUUCUGCCAAUGAAAAGUCAGACGUUUCAGAAUCAAUGGGUUCUCUUUUGUAUGCUAAAAGUAACUCCGGGGAACUUAUACUCCGUUUGGGCGUUUAUAACCAAGUUGAGAACUUAACAAUGUUGGAAACUGGUGAACCUGUGUAUUCCCCAAUAACACAGGAAGGUCCGCUGUUGACGGAAGAUCUUAUUAGAGAAACAGAGGAAUUAGUACUUCGGACAGGGAGCAUGGGGGCUGGAUGUUCUCAACUCUUGUCUGACAUGCAGGCUUUCAAGGCAGCAAAUCCUGGCUGUAUUUUGGAAGAUUUUGUGAGAUGGCACUCGCCACCAGACUGGACUGAAAAUGGUAACAUGUCUGGAGAUGACUCUUCACCCGUUCGAGGUCAAUUAAGUACCCGGAUGCAGAAAGAAGGUAAUUUAUGGCGUGAGCUGUGGGAAACAGCUAAACCACUCCCUGCUGUUAAACAAGCACCUCUCUUUGAUGAAGAUUUAGCUGUAGAAGGAAUCUUGAAUUAUUUGGAAGACAUUCCAGCUGCUGAACUUUUUGAGCAGCUGUUUACUUCGCUAGUUUCCCUGGGGUUUGUGAUGGUGGAGCCAGUUUUAGCUACAAACGAUGACUUGUCAAAGCUUUUCUUUGAAUGCAAGGAUUAUGUAGUCGCUAUUUGUCAGGGGGGCGCAUGGACCGAUAAGCUUGAUGAUCUAUGCCAGGUAUACGAGACCGUGGAAACAAUGUUAUUACGUCCAGAAGAAGUUUUGAGAUCAAUGAAACAAACAGAGGAGUCGCCAUCAAGUGGCAGCGAAACGAAACGGCGGUUUAAGCGGCUAGGUUUCAUCUUUCGUGGUAGUAAAGAAAGAAAGCAGACAAGAGUUCCAUCAGAAACUGAACAGAAAAGCACCGAACCUAGCCCACGCCAAUCAUUCUCUAGUCUUUUUGAUGGCAAGUCGUCUCUGUUUUCAAAGAGACCUCCUAGACCUGAAAAUGUGACGCUUGUCUGAAUCCAUAUUAUUUAUUUGAUUUGUUUCAUCUGCUUUUAAGUCAUUUCUCAGUUUUUUGUAUUCUUCUUCUGGGGUUUUAGGUUGUUAAGUUGAUCAAUUGGUUGGUAACUGUAAAGUUAUCUUAUUUAAAACAUUUCUGAAGGUAUGGUGAAAUGCAAAUAAAUGGAAAUGAAUAAGAUGUGUAAAAGCUUUUAGAACAUUUGUGUAAAUUAUUAGAUUUCUGAGAUGCUGUUUUAGAUGGUUGCC